GCGCCAUAUCGUGACGGUCCUCGUGCCUGAAGCUCUCCUGUAGGGGCUCCUGCAGGUAUCAGGCUCCCCCUGCUUGCUCUUGUUGUGUACAGCCCAAGGCCUUGGGGCACCUAAGUGAGGCGAGGACGAGGACAAUGGGGUCGAGCAGGCUUUUCCUAGUAGCGGCCAUUGCCGUAUUGGCCCUGGCUUGCUUCCACGUCGGCGCAGCGAGGGGUUUUAGCAUUGGCAGCAUUUGCAAUCCGCUCCUGUCGGCUCAGGGGCCGUGGCUAAAUGGCCAUUCGACCUUCUAUGAUGACUAUGGUCGCGGCGGAGCUUGUGGAUAUGGGGCACUCGGAGGUCAGCUGUUCGGGACCCGAUUUGCUGCGGGCUCGCCCAGUGUGUACUUGGGAGGAUUGGCGUGCGGAAUGUGCUUGGAGGUCCGGUGUGUUGGCAGCACAGCCUGCAGACGCUCUAGCGUCCGUCUUACAAUCACGGACUUGUGCCCCCCUGGCUACCCCAACACGCAAUGGUGCGGUGGAGGAAAGCUUCACUUGGACAUUGGCAAAGACGCUUUCCCCAUCAUCGCGGACCCGAGGGCGGGACACGUUCCGAUCCAAUUCCGCAGCGUGCCUUGCGCACCCUACAAGGUCCUGAAGCUGAAUCUGAGAGGCCACAGGUGGUGGCUCGAGGUCACGGCGCUGGCCAUUCCCGGGAGCGGAAGAGUAUUGAAGAUGGAGGUUGCCGGGAAAGGCGGUCCCUGGGUGAGCAUGACGCGCGCAUUCGGAGCUGCUUGGUCCACUGCAGGGUCGACUCUACAGACGCCUAUCUCAGUCCGUAUCUCCAUAUUCGGCAAGUUGUGCAAGCUCAUUGCCAAGGACUGCAUCGAUGGACAGAUCUACAACGGAAGGCAGCUUAGCUGCGCAUACACCGUCGGGGCUGCGAUGGAUUGCGCGGACGGACGGACGGACGGACGGACGGACCGAUUUCUGUCCACGGAAAGGAUCGCCCUUGGUCCGGGCCAUGUGCAUCACAGAGCGCUGGAUCACUGGAGUGCCCCCGAGACAUGCCAUCCCUGUUCCAAGAUGAAGCAGCUGGUGAUGGCGGUCCGUUGGGUUGGGGAAGAGUGCCCUGGAGGAGAAAUGACGAGACUCUGGUGGGCUUAUGGUGGCAAGCACUUGGACGAUCGUGCAGGCUGUGGUACCCACACAGAGCUUCUCGAUCGGUGCUCUGGAUUGGCGCACCAUGGUAAGUGCAAUGAUCGAGAAGAGGAAUUGCACAUUAUUGCAGAAGGGAUGUCAAUGUCGCCUUGGGUGUCGGCGGUGAUUGUCGAUGGCGUACAGUAGCCGACGAGCCGUGAAUGAAGGCAUCAGCUUAUA